ACUUAAAGAACACAUUUUCUCCAUCACUGACAUGUACACAGAACUACUGUAUCAAGCACAUACAUGUAUACUUUGCAUAUUAAAAACCCUCAUAUCCCAGCCUGGCAUCCUCAGAACUCAACUUCUUCAAACACAGAAUUAGAGAGGCCCUAACAAUUUGGCAGACACCUUCUGUCUACAUCACAGCAUAGGGGUCCUUGCCUUCUGAAAUGUUGCUUUGUCUUGCAGCUUUAUGAGACACCUACCUGAAGACCUGAGGAGGUUCGGAGUGUACUCACGAGUACAUAUCUUACUCAUUUCUCACUCCUGAACUCUCCCUCUCCCUUUACAAAACUGCCUCCUUUGAUGACAUUCAAUCAGAACCUCCAGUCACCAGGGUGCCAACGCCCAUGCAUCCCCCUCCACCACCGCCACAAAGGAUUUCUCCACCUCGCCCGGAGAGUCCAGCAGGAGUUUGCCAGGCAUGAGCUUGGUUGGACUGCAUCAAUUGACAAUCCGGAUGUCAUGCCGCCAGCAUUAAAUGAGGAUACCUGGCAGGAGCCCUGGCCGGAGAACUAUUCCUAUGGCUUGGAGGGGAAGCCAAGUCAGCCCCGAAGGGUUUAUGCCUUUACCCCCCCCAACAAUAUCAGGCCACUCAGGGAUUCUACCAGCAGGCUGAGUGGGUGCACACCAGCCGGCAAUGGGACUAUCAGUCCAUCCGGACAUCUCCACCAUCUGCUGCAGGUUCAACAGGCAGCAGCUGAAGAGAUUGAAAUUGAACCGGCGCCUAGAGUCCCUGCUGGGGAAGAGCCCAUGGAUCCACUGACUUCCGCCAUGGGCGAUGAAUACAUUGCCCUACAGAGGAGGCAAACAGUAACCUGCGAGAGUCUCACAUCAACCUGCGAGAGAAUGCAGAGGGACCAACGCAGGUUUUACAGGAGCCAACAGACAUUACAACAGCGUUCCAUUGAGCUGCAAUUGGACAUGAUAGCAUCUUUAACUGCUAUGGUCCAGAAUCAAUCUCAAAUGCUGAGAGUAAUUUCUGACAUGCAAAUCCAGAGUGACAACAGAUGGAGGGAACAGAACCAACUGUUGGGUGUGUUGGUGGAGCAUUUCACCCACCAGCAGGACAUUGCCUCCAGCAUCUCAUCUGUGGCCAGCACUCCUGCAGGAUCCUCUGGAUCCACACAACCCAGGAGAGGCAGGAGACCCACUCCAGGCCCCUCAGCCCCCUCAUCUAAGAAGCCUAAAAGAAAAUAAAUCUUGUUAUAUUUCAUCCUAAA